AGUCAAAGGGCAGUGUCCUUCCCUUCUUGUGAGCGGUUGCCGGUGCACGCGUGGCAGCGUAGCUUUCUGGCCGUGUUCGGCCUCUUGGGGUGCUUUUCAUUCAAGCUAACGCCUUGCCUUCACUCCUACCACCAUGGCCUUUGCGAGUGGCAACCAAACGCGGAACACCAACGUGCGUCUGCCGCCCGAGGUGAACCGCAUUCUCUAUGUGCGUAACCUUCCUUUCUCCGUCACAACGGAGGAACUGUUUGAGUUGUUCGGCAAAUAUGGCCCCAUCCGUCAGAUGCGCACAGGCAACAAGCCAGAGACCAAGGGCACGGCUUAUGUGGUAUAUGAGGACAUUUUCGAUGCCAAGAAUGCGUGUGAGAACCUCUCCGGUUUCAACGUGAUGGGCCGAUACCUCACUGUCGUUUAUCACCAAGUGAACAAGUUGUAUCAAAAGCUGGAUCGCAAGAAAGAGCAGGAGGAACUUGAGAAGCUGCGCAAAAAAGUCAACGCCAAGGAGCGUGAUCAGGAUCAGCGAGCAUAAACAUGUGCAUGUGUGCCGUGGCAGCGCCGUGGCCCGAGGAGGUGGCUCGACAUCAAUCGAGCUGUGAGCAGAAGGUUGUCAGGUCUUGUAUGUGGCCAUCGUGAAUGUCUGUGUAUUGUGAGUUGUGUGUGCGUGUUUUGGAUCGAGACUCCGGCCACUUGUGGCCCCAUAUUCCAUCAAUUCAAGCAGUCACUUG